AUGUCUGAGGGUCCAUUGAUGACCGACACUAACCCCGGCAGUGAGACUAUGGAUAAUGAUAAUAACAGCAGUUUCACCGCUACGGAAGAUAAUAAUGAUUGUCUCACCGCUGAAAAGGAAUUUGUAUUUAAAGUCGUCGUUGUCGGUGAAUACAGUGUUGGAAAGACCUCUCUUGUGAAGCGACUCUUAACAGUCCCUUUUCCACCCAUAAAAACAAAUCAUAACACUUCUUCUUCUUCUUCUUCUUAUUCAGAUGUGGAAGAAAACAGAAAUGAGAAGUCGAUGGAUCUUCUCUCUGUUGUGCCUACGGUGGGAACAGACUUUUAUUCUCGUUUACUGCGGAAUGUACGGCGUGGACAACAUGUGCGAUUGCAGUUUUGGGACACCGCCGGUUUGGAAAGAUAUGCCGCUGUGCAUGCGACAACUUAUCGACAUGCCUCUGCGGUGUUGGCGGUAUUUGAUGUGAGUGAAAGACAGACAUUGGAGAAAUUAAUUUCUAUUCAUUUAGAGAGAGCGGCGAGUUUUAAUGCGGAGUUGGAAUUACAACAUAUUAUAGUGGUAGGGAAUAAAGUAGAUCUUAUGCCUACAUAUGUAAAUGAUAAUGGGAAUAAUAAUCAUAAUAAUAAUAAUAAUAAUAAUAAUAAUAAAGAAGAGGAGGAAGAGGAGAAUAGAAAGAGAAGUGAUGGUGGUGAUGUGAUAGUAACUCAGCGGGAUGUAAAGUCUAUGUUAUUAAAUGUACUGCCGGAUGUACACUAUUGUGAAGUGAGUGCCCUCACGAAUACCGGUGUGAGUGAAUUACUGCAGACACUCUGUCAAACUCUUCUCGAUAGUUACAGUGAAAAUACAACAGGAGAGAAAACUCAAAUAGAUGAGAAAAAUAAAAAAGAAAAAGAAAAAGAAGAGAAAGAAGAAGAAGGAGAAAAGAUGAGAAAUUCACUUCUCCCAACUGGGCAUACAGCUAUUGUAAAGAAGGAGACAGCUGUGGAAGAGAAAAAGUCAGAAAUAUCAAAUGAAUAUUCCCCAUGUGAAGGGAAUGAUGAAAUGAAUAAAUCCAAUAAUAAUAAUAAUAAUAAUAAUAAUAAUAAUAAUAUUUUACCCCAACAAGUCUCAUCAUCAAAAGAUACUGUAGAAACUCCCAAACAUGUGGAUCCAUGUGUGACAUCUAUACUUGUAAACAGCAAUAAGCAUAAAGUAAAUAAUAAUAAUAAUAAUAAUAAUAAUAAUAAUAAUAAUAAUAAUAAUAAACCAAAUGGACCUGCAGCUGGAAAUAAAGAAAUGAACACUUCUCACGAUAAAGGUGAAUCCCCACAGCGUGAUGUGGAUAGACACUCUGAGAGUAGUCAUGAUAGUGCCAGACCACCUAAUGUCUCUCACACGGCUAUUAAUAACAGUCGUUUGGGAGGUCCUUCAUUUCUUAGAGAAUGGGUGGCAUUUAGUGAUUCCAAUCCAGGGAGUGAGGAUAGGGAAGAGAAACGGCAAAAUAAAGAGGAUAAGAAUAGUGAAAACUCAGCAGACUUUGAAAGAAAACUGGAUGAGCGAUUAAAACGGGCGGAAAUAAAUGCAAGAAAAACCUUUUCACCUUCACAAGCCUCUUCGGCAGCAAAUAAGAAGAAUAAAAAGGUAAAGUUAUCCGGCUGCUGCUCAGGUGAUAAAACAAAAGAAAAGAAAUCAAGUGGGUGUAAGUGUUAG